UCCGCCUCGGUGAGGAUACUUGAAUUCGCGCCGUACAGUAGGCUGCAUCGUGAGAUAUGCAAAUUAUAUGUUGAGCAUGCGCACUGUUAAUAAUGGAAAUGUCUGACAAUUUAAUAACUCGUGUGAGGAAAAUAAAUGCAGAUAAGAGGAAGAUAUAUCAUAAGGAUCACCACUCGUUAAGACUUGUGACAAGUGUCUGGGAGCGAUGGGUUAGAUUAAAGUCGGAACUGCCGUUUCAAACGCACGAUAACUUUGCAACGAUUUUAAUGGACCACUGGGUGAAAUUUAGACAUAGAGAUGAUGAUGGUGCUAUGCAUACUGCUACAGAAAAAGACUUGCCAGCAAUGAGUGCACAAAGGGAAUCAGAGGCUGUGCCUGAAAGCAGUAAGGACAGUGAGGAUAUUGAUGAUCAGUCCAACCAAACAAGCAAUGUUGAAGAAACUAGUUCCAACAGAGAUAUAUUUACAGAAAGGAAAGCUAUCUGUGUGCAUACAGAAAUUCUAAAUUUGGCAAAUCUAAGGAUAAAGAGAAUUUGUUCACAGAAGUUUUGUAAUAAGCCGGUAUCAGUGGCAGCAAAGUACAUAGGAACAUCAGUCCAGUUAAAAUGGACAUGUUCCAACAAUCAUCAUGUACAUACAUGGAACUCUCAGCCAGACAUCAACAAUAUCCCGCCCAUGGAUGUACUGCUCACCUGUCUCCUCCCAGCGUCAGACUACCCGGCUGUAAAUAUCACAUUUAGAAGGAUUGGUAUAGAAAUAAUGCCACCUGCUACAUGCAUGUUAUAUAGGGCUGGAGAGGAUAUUACCGGGAAUACGGACAGUUAUAAUACAAGCGUGAAAAUGGAGCCAGGAUGUCACAAUAUGAACAUUGAUACACAACAAGAAUAUCUCUCAGUAACUGGAGAUGGAAAUGUAAAAACUGAAAAUGACGAUUAUAAUGAUGAGACUGACACCUCUGUGGACAUCAUGUAUGGUGAUGGGGAGGUAAAGAUGGAAGUACUACAUGAUGUAGAAGAGGCUGGUAGUAUCAGUGAUUCAGCAACGGAUUCAGCAACUGAUGAAGAGUUUACAGAGGUGCUUAAUCAGCUGAAUAAUGCCAGAAAUCUCUUGAAAAUACCAGAAGUCGGUGACAGCGAUUCACAGGAUUGUGUUAUUAAAAGUGCAAGAAUGAGGAAAAAGGGCUUCAGACCUAAUUAUGCUGCAUUAGAAUGGAAAGGUGAGACAGAAAUUGAAGAAAAUUUGAAGUCUAAAAUGUCCAAAGUUGUUCGAGGUACAAAAUAUGUGAGAAAAAACAAAAAAGAUCCCGACUUUGAUAUUUCAUUUGCAGCUGAUUAUGAUGGAAGUGAUGGGGACGAAAGUGGGGAUGAUGUACAUGUAAUUGAUACUAAAAUAACUGAAGGAAACAAGAGUGUUGCUGAACCUAACACUGAUGAACAGUCUAAAAAGAUUCCAAAAAAGCGCAAAUAUGAAACAAGAAAAGAGGGAAUGAAAAAGAAAUCUACUACAAAGAAACAAAAGAAGGUGGCAGAAAUAAAAAAGCCGUGGAUCAAAAUUCAAUUAGCAGAUCAUGAAGACAAAUAUCGAACUGAAAAAAUGGAGUCUUUUGAAAGAAAGAAUCGUGGAAUAGAUGCAAGUGAGAAUCUGUACUCUUGUUUGGUUUGUCAACAUUUCAAAUGUUCCACUAAAGAUGUAAUAGAAAAUCACAUUGAAAAGCAUAUAAAUAAAGCUUUGGAAUGUGACAAUUGUCAGUAUAUUGGUUACUGUAAAGCAGACUUACGUGAACAUAGAAUAAAAUGCUGUAAUAUUGUAAAGGCGUUAUUUGUAUGUGAAAUUUGUGGUACUUCUGCUCAUUCAAUUGAAAGUAAGAGGAACCACAUGGGGAGAGUUCAUGAUGUUCCUGAAUGGAGAUGCCGAUUUUGUCCUGACCUGUCCAAAAGUGUAGGUGAUAGAUUAGAUCAUAUGAGGAAGGUUCAUCCAGAGCUUUGCCAAUACUGUGUGGCCUGUAAACAAAGUAAAUAUCAAUUAAAGAAGGAGGAGUUUGAGCACCAUAAGAAGAAUUGUGCCUCGAAGGAGCAGUGUGAGAUAUGUGGACAACUUAUCACAUUAGGUGGUAUGAAUAAACAUGUUCAUGAUAAACACGAAAAUGUAAGAAAAUAUCAGUGUGAAAAGUGCCCGUAUGCUGCCAAAUCAUUUAAAAGAUUGAAAACACAUCUCUACAGCCAUGACAAUAUACACCCCUUUAGUUGCGACCAGUGCACUUUCACAUGUGUUCAAAAAUACCAGCUGGUUUCCCACAUGCGUACACACACAGGAGAAAAACCAUACAAAUGUACACAGUGUAAAUAUGCUGCAGCUUGGAAUGUUCAACUAAAGGAACAUGUCAAAGUUCAUGCGAUGGAUACAGCCAUCAUGUGUGAGAAAUGUGAGGUUAUGUUUAAAAAUGAAAAGACGCGGAAUAUUCAUCUGAAGAAAAGACAGUGUGUAGCAUGAUAUUGUUAAGAAUUAGUAUCUAGAUCAUAUAGAUUUUGACAAUUACUAGUAUUCAUAGUGCAGAUCUUGCUUAAAGGAAAGUGUUGUUUUUUUACUGUACAAUUUACUAAAAUGAUUUUGUCCUUUUAGUAAAUUUGAAGUAAAUUUUCCACUGAUCUGCUGCAAAUUGUUUAAAUUAGAUUGUCUAACUUUUGUCUUUUUCGUUUGAAAAUUGCAAUUAUGCAGAAAAUAUUAGUAAAAUUUGAAUUAUUUAUUUCACGGCGUUAAAAGCAAUUAUUUGCUUGAAUACAUUUAAACGGGUAAAAUUCAGUAAUACUAACUAUAAAUGGAAGGAAUAUGAGUUGUGAUGUAAAACAUUCCUUGCCUGGUUGUGAUAGUCGAUCCACCUCUCUAAUUAGAACAAAAUACUUGAUCUUGAAGCUGUAUGGUAAGAGGUGUAUUUAGUGUCCGAUAUUAAAAAAUCAAUAAUUUAAGUCACAUUUCCUUCCAAUUCCACAAGUGUUGAUUUAAAUCUAGAAAUGCAGUUAAAGAUCAACGUUUAAGAUAUAAUUGGUGUGCACCACAGGUUCCCACUAAUAAUUGGGGCAAUAAGGAAGAGUGAUAUAAUUGGUAUACCACAGGUUACCCUCUCAAAAUUGGGGCAAGAAGGAAGAGUGAUAUAAUUGGUGAACCUCAGGUUCCCUUUAAUAAUUGGGGCAAUAAGGAAAGGUGAUAUAAUUGGUGUACAGCAGGUUCCCUCUCAAAAUUGGGGCAAUAAGAGAGUGGUAUAAUUGGUGUACCAUAGGUUCCCAGUCAAAAUUAAGGCAAUAAUGGAGAGUGGAGUGACAAAGAUUGUGUUUGAUUGCUGUAUAGAAUUUAAGACACUUUGCUAAGUGAUGUGCUCUAUUUUUUUUUUCUGAAAAGAGGUUAUAUUACAUAUUAUUCGACAUGAUCAGCAUUUUUCCAUAUUGAACAUACAUAGAAAGACCAUAUUGAAGAUAGAAAGACCAAAGGUGUGUGUAAAUAUGCUACGCCCUCGUGAUAUAAUUCCUCGCAUUUGAACUCUAAACAGUGAAUUUAUUAAGUGACAAAAUCAGUUUUUGGGAUACAUGUAUAUUAUUUCUUAAAGAUAAUGUUUGUAAUAUUAACUUUUAAAUACAUUUUAUUGAGUCUAUGGAUUAAUUCCGGGUAAUUCCGGAUCAUCCCUCCUAUUUCUGUGACUGCAUAAACCAUAAGGGAAUUUAGUAGAAUUCACUAUGAUAAUUGUUAUGUUGGAAGUACAUGUAUAUUUACAUUUUAUUUUAUUAUAGAUUGGAUCUUAUAUUUUAUUUUAAUUUAAAGCUUCUGUUAAUGUAUAUGACAGGAUACUAUUCAAAUGUUUUUUGUUUGAGUUUUAAUUGACUAGAUAGUAGUAUUUUAUACAAAUAACUAUACAAGGUAUGUAUUUUUAUGGAUUGUUUAAUGAUAUAGAAAUAAUUAAACCAUCAAAACCAUA